GAAGAGAAGCAGCAGCUGCAGUUGCGAUGAGAGAGACACAGAGUGGCGGAGUGGGUCGCGUAUGGAUGGUGGCUCUCAACUUGGCCUUUUGUUUGGGUUCAAUCCGAAAACAAAAAAGAGACAAAAACAAGAGAGAAGCUUUUAAGUGGAAGAUGUCAAAGGCAUAUAAAGGUAUAAACCAUCCAAAACACAGAGCAUACGACAAUUGGACAUCACUCUUCUCUCUUCAGCCACCAUUAACUGCUAAAUCAUACGACACACCACUCUCCUCUUCCACUGCAUCUCUGAGCUCCUCUCUCUCUCUCUCUCUCUCUCUCUCUCUCUCUCUCAUGGCUAUUGCAGCUGCUUCUUCUCUUCCCUUGGGUUCUUCGCAUUGCCAAUCAUGCCAUAUGGAAGGAGUUUGUUCUUCGAGAAAACAUGGGAUCUCGAACAGUUGGAUGAAACCUGGUUCUGAUGGUCGAAGACCCCCUGAUUUUCUGGGUGUAAGUUUGAAGUGCAGGAAUCCGUUAGCUGGACCAACACAAUUUCACUGGCUGUCUAUUGGACAUGGUCUUUGCAUUUCCAAAGUUUCUGUUGCUGCAGAUUUUUCUGAUUCUGUUCCUGAAUCCUCUAAUUAUAUGACUAACCAAGGUUAUCAUCCUCUUGAGGAAUUGAAAGUGUGCAAGAUGGUCCGAGACACUAAACUCACCUCUGCUGAAAUAGCAAGAACAACAGUUGAGGCUAACGACAGUGCUUUGCUGGUUUUUCCUGGGAAGAUACACUCCGAACCACAUGAACAAAUUUCUUGGGCUGAGUUUCAAUAUGUUAUCGACGAUUAUGGAGAUUUAUAUUUUGAAGUGUUUGAUGAUGUAAACAUAUUAGAAGAUCCUACUGCAAGUAACCCUGUGAAUGCUUUAUUUGGAAUGGAUAUCCCUGCAAACAACAAUGGAAGAACAGGAGGAUUCAGCAUUCUCGAUGACCACUACAGUGACGUUAUCCCUUUUGAUGAUGAUUAUCUAGAGGUUGUAGAAUCUGAAGCUUUUGAUCUUCUGGACUGGGAGAUACCUGAUGCGUCUACCUUGAUUCAUCCCAUAUACUUUGCAAAGUGCUUGACAAAGGCCAUCAAUGUCAGACAUGACAAGAAAAUGGAUUACCCAUCCAAUGGUGUUUCUAUUUUAGGAUGUCUUGUACCUGCUUUUGCUGAUGAAGAAUUUUAUGUAAGAAGACUAUUUCAUCAUGAGGAUAGCGACGAUCACAACUCAGAGGAGAAAGAUGGUAAAGGAGUGAGCAUUAGUUCCAAAAGUGACCAAAGCAAGACUUGCUCAACACUCUACCGGUUGGAGAUAAUGAGAAUAGAAAUGUUCUCGGUAUAUGGUAUUCAGUCCACAAUUGGCCUGCAAGAUUUUCAGGAUGCGGAACCUGAUUUUCUUAUAAGCUCUAUCUCGGAUAUUGUAGAACGAUUCAAUGAAAGAGGGAUCAGAUGUGAUGUUGCUCUUAAAGCUUUAUGCAAAAGAAAAGGGAUUCAAGUUGAGGGAGCUCACUUGAUCGGGGUUGACAGUCUAGGAAUGGACGUUAGAGUCUUCUCAGGGUCAGAAGUACAAACUCAUCGUUUUCCCUUCAGAAUCCGGGCUAAGUCUGAACUUGUAGCUGAAAAGCAGAUUGAGCAACUUUUGCUCCCACGCUCUCGCCGUAAAAAGUUGAGGAGUCAAGGAAAUAAUUUUCAGGGUGUGGAGUCGUACUAAUUCUAUCACGGUUCUUUAGCCUAGAAUGAAAGAGACUGUUUGGUCAUAGGAAAAUGAUGAUGAUAAAUAACCUGGAGCUCCUUGACUUGGAACAAGCGUUGUUAGUGCUCUGAUGAUAAUAUGGUUAAAUCUGCACCAAAAUGAAGGCAAAGCUGGAAAAUGUGGACGUGCAGAUGGCAGAUUCUCCAAAUACUUCUCAGAAGAGAAACCACAGAAUAAAACGCGGCAAUGUAAAAAAACAAUAAUCAUGUCCACCACUGUAUUUAUGAUGUCAUCAGAGAUAUGUUUAAUUUUCAUUGGGAAGACAAAUGUUCAACAUUUGCACAAUUUAUAUUGCAGGCAACAAUUUUUACUCCCCAUCUCAUUGAUCAGAAUCGGCUUAUUUACAAAUGUUAUUUGUCCUGAUGUCGAGGAUAAUUGUCAUC